AUGAAUGUUUGUCCCCUUCAUUUAAAUUCCAGCCAGGCCAAUGUACAGGAAUUUUUUCUCUUGAGCACAUCCACUAUUUAUGAGGUCCAGCUGCUUCUCUUUAUUUCAUUUUUGCUCAUCUAUCUCAUAACCUUGGUGGGGAAUGCAGUCAUUAUCUUAAUUGUUCAGUUGGAUGCUCAACUACAGACUCCCAUGUAUUUUUUCCUGACCAAUUUAGCAUUUCUGGACAUUUGCUACUCCUCGGUCACUGUUCCUAAAUUGCUGGACCUUCAGCUGACUGGCAAUAGGAGCAUUUCUUUCUAUGGCUGUAUAGCCCAAAUGUAUUUCUUUCAUGUAUUAGGGAGCUCUGAAAUGUUCCUCCUUGUUGCAAUGUCCUAUGAUCGCUACGUAGCCAUAUGCAAUCCCUUGCGGUAUAGUGUUAUUAUGAGAAGAUCCGUAGUUAUAACAUUGAAAGUCUGUUCAUGGCUUGGCGGCUUUAUUCAUUCCACAUUCCAUACAGCUUUCCUGUUGAGACUUUCAUUCAGCCAUUACAAUAAAGUGGAUAACUUCUUCUGUGACGCUACGCCGCUUAUUAAACUAUCGUGUUCGGACACGACCAUGGAUGAAAUUAUGCUUCUGACGACACCAGGAAUUUUAGGACCUAUUUGUUUCAUAUUAACGCUUGUGUCUUACAGAUAUAUUGUCAUCAGCAUUCUGAAAAUAAAUUCCGCUCAGGGAAGGUACAGGACAUUUUCUUCAUGCGCUUCUCACUUAACUGUGGUUACUAUCUUUUAUGGGACCGGUAUUUUUGUCUAUGUCCAACCCAUGGCAGUGUAUUGGUCUGCUAAUCAGUUCAUAACAGUGUUCUAUUCUAUCAUCACCCCAAUGCUGAAUCCUAUGAUAUAUACCCUGAGAAAUAAGGAAAUAAAGAAAUCACUUAGGAAAAUUCUGUUUAAGGAAAGUACAUUGCAUGCAAGUAUACAUUUAUAA